GGUGCGCUGGUCUGUCAAAUUGAGGACCAGCCUUUUACACCCCUGGUUUCCAAAAACACCUAAUUUCUGGACAGUGGCCAGUAGGAAAACAACUCCCUACUCUGACCAGGACUUUACUCCUUCGCUUUAGAAAGUUUCCACGAGGAUAUGGAAAAACUGGAGAUUAAAAAACAAUCUAGAGAGAAGGCUCUCCGUUUCUCUGAGAACCAGGAAGGACGUUGGUGUAGAGGACAUUGGCUACCAUGAGUUCUGGUGUGCUGUUGCCAAAACCACAAAUGCGUGGUCUUCUGGCCAAGCAUCUAUGGGUUCAUAUUGUUGGUGCAUUCAUUGUGGCCCUAGGAGUUGCUGCUGCCUACAAGUUUGGCGUGGCUGAACCAAGAAAGAAGGCUUAUGCAGAUUUCUACAGGAAUUAUGACUCCAUGAAAGAUUUUGAAGAGGUGAGGAAGGCUGGGGUCUUUCAGAGUGCGAAGUGAUUUCAGAAUGCAAAGAAUUCUUUGGAUUGUGCUCCAUAGAAGUUCAUUGCUGACCUGUGUUCCUGAACUAUGAAACUUGAAUAUGUGAGCUAAGGAGUAGUUUCUCUCAAUAAACAUUAAUUAUAUGGACAGUAUAAAAAAAAAAA